CUUUCCAUUAUGCAAACAAAAAACGAAACUGAAUCUGAACCCCGGAAACUUCAGAUCUCACCGCAAAGCUCUUUCGCCGCUGCGGCUGCCGGCCAGUCUUCAGAAAAACACAGCCAUUCCCGCAAAAUUUUCCCUCUUGGACGAUGAAAUACCAUCACUAACGCCAAAUUUCAAUUUCAUAGAAUUAUCUUCUCAUUCUAUUUCUUUCUUGUCCGAACGACUCUCAAUCUCGAGAUCUCUGCUUAUAACGCCCUGAACGGAGGUUUUCUUCCACGUUCAAAAUUUUACUGUCUUUGCUGAUUGCCAAUCAGAUUACUUCAAGUUAUGGCCCAUGGAAAUAAAAACGUCGUCUUUUCCAGUAAGCAUUGUUAGCUUUGGUGUCCACAGGGGAAAAUCCAUAUCCACGGAAGGCAUUGCUUUUGUUUAGACUACCUAUGCUUGGUUGGCAGAAUGAAUUCAGAAUCUGCUGAUUCAUCAUCUCUGCAUCGUGAGGGAGCCUCUGGUAAUGACGCAUCUGUUCCAGAAGUCUCUGGGCAAUAUAAUCCUGAAGAUGGUUCACCUUCUAAACCUACUCCUAGUAUAUCAUCUUGGGCCAAAAAUCUUAAACUUCCACAUCCAAUGACACCAGAGUCAGAGGACUCACAGACAGGAAAUGCUGGGACGUUAUCCUUUGCUCGCCUCACUAGUGGUUUAGGAUUGCGUUUCCCUGCAAAAGGAUCUGGGAAAAAUGAGGGACCUGAAGGCACAUCAGUAACUGCUGAAUCAGGUGUUUUCGAAUCAUUUACUAAAGGUUUAGUUGACUCCUCUCUGAGUGCAGUAAAAGCAGUCCAGGUUAAGGCACGCCAUCUUGUCUCCCAAAAUAAAAGAAGAUAUCAGGAAGGAGGAUUUGAUCUAGAUAUGACUUACAUAACUGAGAAUAUAAUUGCUAUGGGGUUUCCUGCUGGGGAUAUGAGUUCUGGGUUCUUUGGAUAUGUUGAGGGUUUCUACCGUAAUCACAUGGAAGAAGUUAUCAAGUUUUUUGAAGCUCAUCAUAAGGGAAAGUACAAAGUAUACAAUCUUUGUUCGGAGAGGUUGUACAAUGCUUCACUGUUUGGAGGAAAGGUUGCAUCUUUUCCGUUUGAUGACCAUAAUUGCCCUCCCAUUGAACUCAUAACUCUGUUUUGUCAAAGUGCUUACACGUGGUUGAAGGAGGACAUUCAGAAUGUUGUAGUGGUUCAUUGUAAAGCUGGUAUGGCUAGGACUGGAUUAAUGAUUUGUAGCCUCCUCCUGUUCCUGAAGUUCUUCCCAACAGCUGAUGAAUGCAUUGAUUAUUACAACCAGAAACGAUGCCUAGAUGGAAAGGGUCUAGUUCUUCCAAGCCAAAUUAGGUAUGUAAAGUACUUUGAGCGCCUUCUAACAUACUUCAAUGGUGAAAAUCAACCCGGACGUCGGUGUAUGCUUAGGGGAUUCCGGCUCCACAACUGCCCAUACUGGAUUAGGCCUUCCAUCACUAUUUCUGAUCAUAGUGGAAUUUUAUUCUCAACAAGGAAACAUCCAAAAACUAAGGAUCUAAUGGUUUCACUUGUGCAGCCAGAAGAUUUUUGGAUCCGUGCACCUAAAAAAGGGAUUGUAGUUUUCGCUCUACCAAGGGAACCUGGUCUGACAGAGUUGAAGGGGGAUUUUAAGAUCCAUUUUCAUGACCGCCAAGGAGAUUUCUACUGUUGGUUGAAUACAACAAUGACGGAAAAUAGAAUUACUUUGAACGGUUCAGAUCUUGACGGGUUUGAGAAGAGGAAAUUGCCUUCCCCGGGAUUCCAGGUUGAAAUCGUGAUGAUAGACUACGAUGGUUCUACUCCAGCAAGGAGAAAACCUCAAGACAGCAGCAACAGAUCUGAGGGUAGAGCGGGAAAUGCUCCCCCCUCAAAUGACAGCGUAUCUGCUCCUCAGAAUCAAAGCAAGGUUUCUACUAACCAAGAAAACGAUGAUGUAUUUUCCGACAGUGAAGGAGAGGAAACCGGGUCUUCAAAGAGUAGACCCGCUCAAGCGGCCUCUGGAGCUGGGCCUCCGGCACAUCUCAACCAUGCCACCACCAUAGCUUUGACACAUGGGACUCCACAACUGUCACUUAGCAAGGAGACCACACAGAGUACUGCCUCCAAUGAAAUGAAAAUUGAUGGUGUGGGGAGAUUGGACUCUGAGGGGAUGAGCGAUAUCAAGGCCAUUGCUGCUGAUGCUUCUGUUUUUACUUUCGGGGAUGAUGACGAAGACUAUGAGAGUGAGUGAAGCGCUAGUGAGAGUCAUUUGGUGCUUAAAAGAGGGUAUUGGAACCACUCUGAACUGAAAGCCAACGGGGAAACAAAUGCCUUUUUUUAUUAUUUGUUCCUAGUUUCCUACCUUAAUGGUGAGAAAGUAAUUUUGUUAAUCAAUUGCUUUCGUUUUUGAAACUUGGUGUUCUUUAAUUAGGCACAGUUUUGACUAAGCUUUUACUCAUAAAGGGUAAAAGAGUUAUCCUUCUUAAGA